CAGCAGCAUCAGCAGCAGCAUCAGCAGCAGCAUCAGCUUCAGCUUCAGCAGCAGCAACCUGCUCCUUUCUCUCUUCCUCCUCCUCUCCUCCCCCCAGCCAGCAGACCCAGCAAGCCCCACAGCAGCAGCAGCAGCAGCAGCAGCAGUUCAGUUAGGAGAGCAAAGAGGCAGCACAGGAGAGCCUCGGCUCAGAGACCCGAGGACGUGAUUCAGCGUUACAUGGAGGUGGUGGCCGGAGUCCCAGACGAGGACUGCAUCAUCUGCAUGGAUCAACUGUCCAAUCCGUCCGGCUACGAGACAACGGCCUCCGAUGACGGCGGCCAGAACGUCCUUCCAGACACCGUGGGCAAAUUCAUCAAAUGUGGACACACGCUGCACAUGCUCUGCAUGCUGGCCAUGUACAACAACGGAACUAAGGACGGCAGCCUGCAGUGUCCCUCGUGCAAGACAAUCUACGGAGAGAAGACCGGCACGCAGCCCAAAGGCAAGAUGGAAAUUUACAGCAUCGCACAGUCGCUGCCCGGACACCCAGACUGUGGCACCAUCCAGAUUAUCUACAGCAUACCUCCUGGCAUACAGGGACCAGAGCAUCCUAACCCCGGUCAGCCGUUCACCUGCAGAGGCUUCCCUCGCUUCUGUUUCAUCCCCGACAACGACAAAGGCCGGAAGGUGCUGGAGCUGCUGAAGAUGGCGUGGAUGCGGCGCCUCAUCUUCACCGUGGGCACAUCCAGCACCACCGGGGAGCCGGACACCGUGGUGUGGAACGGGAUCCACCACAAGACGGAGAUGAUGUCCAACUUGUCGGGCCACGGCUUCCCUGACCCCAACUAUCUGGACAAUGUUCUCUCUGAGCUGGCGUCUCAGGGCGUGACAGAGGACUGCCUCAAAGCUCCAGGCGGUGGCGGCGGCGGCGGCGGCAGCAGCUAGGCCACAGCCCCGGCUUCACGCGCUUCCACUCAGAGCUGACCACGGACGUUACCCUCAAAAAUCCACCUCAGAGGCCGGUGGACCUUCUUCCACCUCCGUCAUUUAGUAGAAGUCAGCGUCUGCCCGGAUCUCGUUGAGUGAGCGAAGGCGGAGAAGUUGACGACGCGUCACGAAGCUUCUCUGCGAAGCUGCACGGCGGAGCACGCUCGCUGAGAACCACAUUCCCACGCACUACAUAUUCCAGGACACUGAACUCGGAGAUCAACACGUCCUCGGACCGUGAGCGUCUUUCACUAAACCUCCACUAACUGGAGACGUCUUUCUCUUAUGUUGUUUUUCCAUUAAGCCUCGUUUGUCUCCUCGGACGGAGCAUCAGAGCCGCGCUGAAGAAAACUAAAUCCUGAGAUGUCGACAGUUACGAGUCUGAAUGUUUGAGAAUGAAAUCAAAAUCUUUAUGGUCGUAAAUAAUAUUUAAGUUGGUUCACGACUUUGAAUCCAGGAGCGAAACUUUUUUUUUUUUAGAAAGAAAAGUUUCUUUUUCUAGAAAUAUCGUGACUUUCCUCACGAACACGUUUAUCUCACGUGUGUUUCACUCGUCCCGUAAUAACGACUUCUGUCUUGUUUUUUUUUAUUCUCGAAAUCCCUCCUUCAGUUAGUUUCCUUCAGCGAGGCUCUGACGCUCCGUCAUCGUAUCCCGUCGUCAGGUUACCAUGGCAAUGGCAGCUCUCACUGGGGAUAAAAUCUCAUGAAGCACUUUAGUUCUGACAUCAGUGCAUUUAGCUGAGGUGUGUGAUUUCCCAUUCAAGGGCAGUUCACCUGUUUCAAAUUGGGAAAUGAUGCAAUUCAAGUACAACGACACUAAAACCUAAGUAGCAAAGUGAGUAUAUAUGAACCCGUCUGAUGAGAAGGGGCAAUACUUUACUGUUGUAAAUAAAAAUAAUCAUGAAUGAAUUAAAAAUAUGUAAACAGACAGGUUGUGUCCACAAACGGCAGGAAGGAGGAUAAAGUUGUAUAUUUUGAAACAUGAACUUCUAAUUUGACGUCUGUUGUCACAGUUUAUUUCCUGAUUUGAUGAACAGACGUUUGAAGCACUCGAGUCUGGAACCUCCCGCUGACGGACGUUUGUCUCUUAAUGUUUGUGUUGCCGUGUGAGAAGGGACGAGGUCUCUCCUCCCCCCCCCCACACCCCACCCCCAAACAGACGGAUCACAGAAAUGAGAAUAAAAAGUCUGGACAAGAACGUUUUGUGACAAUCAAGGUCAUCGAACUUGAACAAGACACGUGGAGCUGCGGCGGCGCCCCGGCUGCAAACUCACCUCCUGUACUCACAUUAUUCUGCGCACAGUUGCCGGACUGAGUUUUGACAUGUAAACAAGCAAAACUGAAAAAAGUCUGCAAUAAAGAAAUGACG